AUGUCCUCUAACGACACCACCCCGUACACCAUUCCCUACACGGGCGCUCUCGGCAAGCAGAUCGCCCAGGGAGUUGUCCCGGCUUCUUCCCUUGAGCCUGGUGCUGUCGCCCAGCCUCCUGCUCCCCAGGACCAGGACAAGCAGCAGCAGGGCUACCAGCGGCCCUCAGUUGCCAAUGGCCCCAGCUCUCCCGAGACCAGCCACGCAAAGGGAGAGACGCUGACUAUGGCUGGUGAUGGUGGCUGCGCGGCCACCAGUGAUGCCAACUCUGCGGCCCGCCGCAGCUCUGUUGCCCUCACCACUCACAGUGGCCCCUCUGAUUCCGUUCCUUUGCGCUUUGCCUCUGCCGCCGCCAGUGUUGGCGGUAUUGCCAUCAUCCACCCGGAGCACCGCAACUCCCAGGGUAUUCACUCCUCAAGCACGUCUAAGCAGGACGCCGUCAAUCAGGAUGAGGGUUCCACUACUUUCAGUCUGGAUGGCCAGCUGGAAGACUCCGAAGACUUGAUGAACAGUCCCACUCAAAACCCUGCUCGCAUGCGUGCUGAUCGCCAGAUGCUCGCUCGGGAGCUGCAGGCUGUCCAUCAGGAGAACAAGAGCCUGAAGCAAACUAACCAGGACCUCCGCACCCAGUCCCAUUUCUACAAAAAUGCAGCUGAUAUGUUCUACUCAGGCUGGGUUCACAGCAUUGAAGACGUGAAGGAUCUCCAGACUGACAAGGAAAGAUCCACUCGUCUGAUUCUUCGUCUUCAUAGCCUGAUUAACCGCAUCGACUCAGAGUUGUACUGCCGACUUCCGGAGGAUGUGCAGAAUGCGAUGGAGGAUGUGCGCGAGCAAUGGAAGUACUCCGAAUGGCUGAAGGCUUUCCACCCUCAAGCCAACAGUAUUCGGGCUCCCAUUGCGCCAGUCGUAGCCAACGAGACUACAGAGACUCCUCUGACUCCCAAGACCCCGGAGACUCCCAAGACCCCCGAGACUACCAAGACUACCGAAGAUGACGACCUGUCCAUCUAG